CACUGACAGUACUGUCAUUGCUGUCAAGAGGCAUCUCCACUUUUAUGUUCUUUCUUUGUCGGAUCUCCUGGCUUGAUAACGUUCUUGGCAUCCGUUCUGCUCUCCACACCCCACUUUGGAAGGGUCUCUGUGAAGACUGUCAUCAUUGCUGCAUCACGCAGUUCCGGUGUUGGUUGACGUCAACGUACGGCCGCGGGAGAACGAAGGACAACUCGGUAUGAUACGGGUUUCCCGUGAUAAAGCCCUUGUUCCCACGUUCCAUGGGCCCAGGACUGCUCAGGGCAUUUUGCGCGGCCGUCGGAACCUAAUAAGUAAUUUGGCAUCCUACUGCAUCUUGACGGCCUGAAACUCAUCUGAGGCAGUCUGAGGCCGAUGCCCAGAGCCACAACCAGCUGGCCCUUUCGUCUGCUGUCAACCACACCCUCCUUCAGCCCGCCAUAUUCCACACUUGAGGCCUUGCCCGUCGAGGUCGUAGCCUGUCUCCGAACCCAAGUCAACCUCAUGUCAUGCGCACGGCUCAGCCAGGCCUCCAAGCAUCUCUACGCCUGCCUCCAACACUCACCAGCUUUUCGCUUGGUCUCAACCUUCCGUCAUGCGCUCGCCAGACGCUUUCCUUCCACCCUCAGUUCUGAACCAGAGAAAGUGCUGAGCGAUCUUGCUGCGCUUCGCGCGCGGCUGUACGGCUCGAUGUGGUCUGCUAGCUUGCCGGUCGGGUUUAGGGCCGUUUACAACGGGGUCGGGGUACCGGCCGCAAUGCACGGAGAGGUGGACCUCGUUUUUGAGUGGGAGAGGCCUGGCCUUCCCCUAUUGUAUGUUGGGUGUCGCUACGCCCAAAUAGAGGUUCUAGGGAUGGACGAUGGCUUGAUGUUAGGCUGUGUAUGGUUGGACGAUGACAAGCCCGAAAACCGCCCCGUCGAGAUCUCUUCCGGGUUCCAAGAGGACACUGAAAGCCAGCAUUUCGCCGAGAGCGUUUUCGACGAGAAGACCAAGGCUCGAUUUGGUUUAUCGGAGCAGGAAGCGUGGAGUUGGAGUAAGCAACUUUUUGAGGGAUGGGAAGGGUUCUCUGAGUUGGAGGAAUGGAGGCUCAUGCUGGAGGAAUGGCGAGCCGAGGACCCCGAAGAUGAUGACGAACACACGGUCGUGGAGUACAUUCCCGAUCCUCGCCGGAAACAUAGAGGAAGAUCGGAUUUUCUUCAAGCCUUUCUUAUCCGACGCCUACCAAGUUGCCGUCCGUCAACUUCAAACGCCUCUCGGUGAACAGUCCUCCCUUGAGGAAAGCCAUCCUGAUGCACUUAAUGGAAGUUAUCAUUCGAAAGCUCGAGCGAAAAAGCAAAGAUAGACCGGAGCGGUGGGACUUCCCACGAUGGCCUACUAUUCGAGCUCCUACAGGUCGAAGCAGGAUCAGAUUGCAAACACAGCUAGCCCGUAAGAUGUUUCCGAAGGAUACAAACAUAGAUGAAGCCCUGGCAAAUCGGCAAAGCGCGAUCCCGGGUGCUCUCGAAUGGGCUAUGCAGUCUGUGCAGUUUCUCUAUGCCAAGGUCCCUUAUAGACCUACUUUCCACUCCGGGCACUACGGAGAUUCGGGUUACGCACCUCUGAG